AUGCAAGUGAAUCAAAAACGGGUGAUGUUUUCUUUCACUUGUGGUGCUACUGACGUACCGGGGAUGGCAAAGGGAGAAACUUAUCGGGCAACCGAGAUUCACGCUCCCAAGGUUCCUAGGAAGGAACAUAAUUUUACUACACUAUCUGCAAGCCAAGAGGUGGGGUCUGGGACGAAGAGAUUGAAGGUUACUCGAACUCCUCCUGAGCCUUCUCUGUGGAGCAACUCUUCCUUCGACACCGUGGCCUUUUACGAUCAUUUAAUUUCCUUCCCUAUGAACCUUCUGAGUGAUUAUCAUACGCUUUUCGCCCUAUCUACCACUCAACUGUCAACUUUACUAGAGAUCAAGCUUAUGAGAUGCUUCUUGGUGGAAAGGUUUUUAAGGAAGAAACACUCUGAUACCUUAGCGAGAAUGAUGUUCGAGGUGGCUAACUUGAAUAGGCGUACCCGAAAAGGAACGGUGGCAUUAAAUAAGUAUAAGGUAAGGAUCGUUGAUCGGAAGGUGUUUUCCAAAGGAGUGGUCGCCGAGAUGCGUGUUCAAUGGGAAGAGGUGGCAGGGUUGCAAAAGUUGCUCGAGGAAACUCAGAGCGCUCUUGAAAGCAAGAAGGAACGGAUUUCCCAGAUUGCAGAUGACGGUGUAGUAGAUUUUGUUCAUCUCUUUUGA